AUCACAAUAUAGGUAUGGAUAGCGCGACCCCGUGUCCUUCUUUCAUGAUUUACGUGAUAUUCCAGGCCUAUCCAUCACCACAGAAUGGGAAGGUACAAAUAGUCUGAGAGAAAUUCGGGAUAUUUGACAGCAAGGACUAAGGAGUACACUGUCUGUGACGAAUGACCGGUAACGACUUUUUUGGCUUUGGUGUAUUUUGGAAUGUCGUGAAUCGUUCAAUAUUUUCAAUGAGUUUAAUUGUUGAUAUCGCUGCCAUUCCUUGGAAUAUAUCCAAGGAGCUCAGAUAGUGUGAAUGAGAUCUCCAGCCGCGUCGAUCCAACAGUGGAGAGGAAAUACCGUAGUCGCGGUUUUUUACAUUGAUAUUCCAAGUGAUCGUUCUGUGCCUACGAACCUAUGGUAUUCACCAUUGGAAAUGUAUACAGUAGCUCAGUGCAGUAAGAAGAUUGAUAAAACUUAAUACGAAUCCGCAGUAAGCCUUUCAAACGGGUCAUUUCUCGUCCAGGAAUCUAACGGAGUAUCAUAAUGUCGGCGGUGGGGGAGCGGGUAGGGACCCUUCCUCGACCCUACACGCUUGGGACCUUCCAGAAGAGACUUAACGACUUCUCGGAUCUCAUGAAGGAGUUGACCCUCCAGGAUAUGGAGGCAACGCCAGAAGAAAGGAGACAGUUGAUUACAGAAAACCUUCGCUUUGACCAAUUUUGUGAGUCUAUUCGAUCGUUGUUUGGGUCCGACAUCCGUAACCAGGACCUGAAGGCUCUCUACAGGAAGAUAUCAACAAAUCCAGAUGCGAAAGUGGACUGGAGUGAGUUGUUUGGUUUCUUCCAAUCGGAGACCGAUGAGACGGAUCUGACAUUAGGAGGGGAGGAGGUCAGUGUGUUCACUGUGUCCAAGAGGCUGCGGGUUGGAGAAGCUGCAGGUGACAAGAAGCGUCGUGACAUCAUCCAGUCUAUUCGCAUCAUCCCGGCUUUGGAUGGCUAUCUGGCAGCUUCACAGAAAGGUGCUAUCUGUAUUUGGAGCAGCAAGCUUCGACUGCAAACAUGCGUUGAUAUUAAUGAAUCCGCCUGGGUUACGGGCUGUGACUAUCUCCGCAGUAUGCGGCGAGUCAUCGUGUCAACAGAGAGGAGCUUGUCAAUAUGGGACAACAGGGCGAAGGUUAAGAACCAGCAUGUUUUCACCAUCAAACCCCUGGAACAUUCGCCUCAAUGCGUGUGCUGGGUGCCCAACUCCAACAGCCAUCUUGAAGACACAGUGCUUUUCGGCGACGACCAAGGCUUUGUCAAUAUGCUGACCCUAGCGGCGAAGGACCUGACACCUAAAAAUGCCAAGGGAGAUGCCAAGCUAAAGGAACGAGAGAACAUUGCCAUUGAUCCGCAGAAGCUCACACAUCCGAUCAUUCGGAGAAGACUACACGAUGACUGGGUGAUAAAGAUUGAAUACAUCCCCGAACUCCGAUGCUUUGCCUCGUGUUCCCCGAGCAGUAACGUCUCUUUCGUUCUCGAGGAGGUCGAGGGCUUAACGGAUAACCGAAAUAUCCGUGGUGUAGGAAUAACCAAGGGUUGCAAUGCGUUUGCUUUCUGUGCUCGAGCCAACAUCAUUGCCACCGGGGGAGUAGACAAGAUAGUCAGGGUUUGGCAUCCACAUAUCUUCUCAAGGCCGACAGGAAAGUUGAUUGGUCAUUUGUUUACAAUCAGUGACAUCGUCUGCAACGAGAAAGAUCAGCACAUCAUCAGCCUUUCAACAGCUCGAGUCUUCCGUGUGUGGGACAUACACACUCUAACUAGUCUUCAGGUAUUCACAGAUAACGAGGAGCGGCCAGGCGAGAGAAGAAUAUUCUCAGUGGUAUUCGAUCAGAAGCAUGACAGGUUGAUGUCAGGAUCAAGUGUGUUAGAUUCGUGGCCCCUGACUCGAGCAGUCCAGGACACUAUGCAGGUUCCCCAUACACACGACAGGCCGGUCCUACAGGUUCUGUACAACAAAGAGCUGAACCAAGUGAUAUCGGUCUGCAGUGAAUCCAUGCUCAAGGUUUGGGAGAUGGAGACGGGCAAGUUUGUCUACCAGAUUGCUGAGCCUCAUGGGACAAGUAUUGAGAUAGUUGCGCUAGCCUUAGAUAGUUCAGGUUAUCGGUUAGCGACUGGAGGUUCAGAUGGCUCAAUGAAAGUUUGGGAUUUUGGUGCUGGCCAAGAGAUCAAGGAGAAGAGUGGUAAAGGUCCGGACCAGGAGGAGUUCACCUUGGUCGAGAUUCAGUAUUGUACGGUCGAGGAGAAGCGAUGUAUUGUGGCCAUUGGGUGGAAGAAUCGCAUCAGGAUACUGUUGGAUGCCAAUGAUGGCCAUGACCUGCCCAUUUUGAGAGAGUUCACAGACAUUUACUACUGGACACAAGAUGUCUCUCUGUCGCCAGCUCAAGAUCCCUUCAACAAUACUAACCCAUUACCCAAGAUAGGAUACUCAAACGCAAGUGCGAAUCUUACAAACGUCUUCAGAAAGGAGUAUGUAUUGACGACAAACGAUCUCACAUGCUUAUCUGUUCAAGAGCCCGCUACGGUGGUGACGGGCUCUGCGACUGGGAACCUCAUCUUCUGGGAUCUAACCAAGGGAAUGGUCAAUAACAUGCAAGUACAUCCGCAGGUGGAACAUCCAAUCCAGUGGUUACGAGUACAGACCCCUGAACCAAGACCAGAGACGACGAAAAGUCGACACAGAAAUAAACAGCUGAAUGAGACACAAAUCCACAAAUGUCUUGUUCUCGUUCAUAAGACUAGGAAGCUUGAUCCUGCUUAUAUCCAGAAACUAAUCGAUGAUGAAAAUUCCGAGUUGAACAGUCCAGAUGUUAUUGAUGGUGUUGAGAAGACAGAGGAGGCGAACUUGUCUGGUUCACAGGCCCCAUCCCGAGCACAGUCACAGGCAGCUAGUCAGCCUGCCACCGUGCGUGAUGACGUCACUAUCAAAGGUACUGAAGAUGACGACGAGAAAGAGAAAGCAGACCAGUCAACCGAAAAAGAUGAGGCGAAAGAUGACAUCACCUUGAUCAAUGUCGAGUCCGUGAAGAAGUCACCCGCGGAAGAUGACGACUCGAUCUUCACGGAUAAUCCCGAGAAGAAUAUGAUUGUCGAAUCAUAUGAUCCGGUCAUAGUUACGUGUCAUCAGGACGCCAUGAUCAGGUUCUGGGAUGCCCAGGGACAGCUUCUGCGUGAAAUCAUGGCAAUGACCCGCCGGCAGGGGUCGCCUGUCACCAGCCUAUGUUCAGAUACUGACUGCAACUACCUGGUUUCUGGAGAUACAAAAGGCUACAUCGUCCUGUGGGAGGUGGGCAAGUUCCUUGAAGACCCGUACUCGGAGGACAAGAAUCUAAUAACACAGGUGAUAAGCUGGCGGGCCCAUCUUACCAAAGUGGUCACCCUGAACUACGUGGACAAUCUUAACGCCAUCAUCUCUGGCUCCAUGGAUGGCUCAGUAAGGGUAUGGUGGGGAACGAAAGGUCGUUUUGUGGGAUUCUUUGGCCAGUAUCGACCCUUUCACUUCCAAACGAAUGAGGAGACAGCAGGCACCCCGAUACUUCCCUAUGACAUAUCAGAGGGUCCCCUGGGUCCCGUCAAGAGGCAGUCUGCUUCACAGAAGAUCAAGAAUGCCCGAAAGAUGGACUAUCCCUUGGUGUUUGAUGAGUUUCGGUGGAAACCAUUCAGACGUUCAGCAUACUUUGACCCGGUACAACAAGCGAAGAAACAGCAGCCAGAGGACAAGAAGUUCUUUGGGGCGUUGAUAAAGCCAAGGCUGAGAAACAACCACCUUGAAAGCUUCACCACAGCCGAGGCAAGAAUGGGCGGGGUCUUCCGAGCGCUGCCCGUGUACAGGGUUCGAACUCCAGCCAAACCAAAGACCCCUGACAUCACAUUCCUGCCAAGGUCGAAUGAGGCGGACACUAAGCUGCCUUCCUAUCUGCUGCCAGGAAAUAAGGUUGGAAAUAAAAAGGGGUCACAGACUGAUCGAGGGCCAAUGCGGAAGAACAGCAAAAUGUCAUCCAUGCCGUCAACUCUGACUUUAUCUUCCAUCAGCUCACCAAGAAGGCGUUAGUGAUGAUACUUAUAAACAGUAUGCGAACAGUUGAGGUCAUCAAAGGAUACCGCACAGCUGCAAUCAGUCAUUCUUGUUAAUAAGAGACGUUGAUAUUUAAUGGUUUAUUCGAAGAUCAUGUGAACUCCCCAGCCUUACAUUAAAACGAUAGCCCAGUAUGAAAAUGUCAUGAUCAUCUAUCUCUCUCCAUCACACACAUCCAUUGCAAAGACAAAAGACACCAACAUCUUGCAGUGAUUUUUAUUAUUGUGCCGAUGUAUGAUUGGGGAUCUGUUGGAGUGUUUUACACAUGCGCUCAUGGGUUCAGCCAUGCAGUGUUGUGCAUUAAUCUGUGACAACAAGUGAAUAUGAUAUGUGAAAUUGUUCAUUGUUUUAUAAUGUCUGUAUACAGAUGUCUGUGAUAUUCCAUGUGUGAUGUAUUGUCCCUCUAUUGGUUUUGUACAUUUUCAUUUUUGUUUAGAAUAAAGUGAUUCUAGUCGUUUCA